AUGGCGCUUCUUGUCGCCAGACGCCGACAAAGGUUCAUUUCAAACCCAACUCUGAUUCGCUUUUUCUCUAAUUCCGCAUCGGACCCACCUCCCAAAGCAUCCGUUGAAAAUCCAUCCCAGUCACCCUCUUCUCCGUCUCCGUCUCCGUCUCCGUCGGACUUCUCGUACUCUUCUCCCUUCACCGACAUCAAGACCACUCUGAAGCAGAAAUUACAGCAACAGCAGGAACAAGGAAGAAAACCAUUCGUCAGAUCCGAUGCCCAAACUCAGAAUCCUGGAUCGACUAGAUUCUCCGAUAACCAUUCACGCGGGGAUUUGGGAAUCAACCUCGCCAAGUUUCAGCGGAGACCCACCGUCCCACCUUCGAGGGAUUCAGGAGGCGUACGGCCAUCACAGUCUCGGCCGCAGAUUUCAUUCGAGGAACUCUAUAAGCAGAAGGUCGUACCAAACUCAGCGGAUCCCAGGAAUCGGAAAGGCCAGGAUUUCAAUACGAGUAAAUUAUCGGAAAAAUUAAGUUUUUUGAAGUCGCAGUCCAACAUGGAGUCGAUGACAGGAGUGUCUUUGCGAAGUUUCAAGGGCACUUUGAAGUCGAUAUCCAAUGAAAACGUUCGUUCGAAUCUGUUCGGAGGAGGAGAAGCUUUGCCAAUGUCCGUGUUCGGGAAAGAAAUGGGUGAGAGGAAAGGCAGGGAAGGUGAAACAGAGGAGAUGAUGACGGAGUUCCUUAAGAUUUAUGGAGAAGAUGAAUUGGGUGAGAAGCUAAGGAUGCUUAGGCCUGAGGGAAAUAAAGAACAAGGAUGGUUCUCAUUGCAGGAGUUAAAUCAGAGGUUGGUUAAGCUAAGGCAAGUGGAAGAGAAAGAUGUCCAAAAUCAGCGUGUGAACAUUUCCGUACUCAAAAAUGUUAUGGAAACUUUUCAGAAUGACGCAGCCCAAAAGGAAGCCAUUUUCCAGCAGAACUCCGACAUUAGAGGCCUUUUGGGUGGUACCCCUGAAUACAAGCAUUAUCCUCCAAAAGAGGAUCUAGUUGAAGCUUACUUCCACACAGAUAAUCUGUCCUCUACGGAUAAGAUGAAAAUUGAGCUCACGAAAGUCAGGGAAGAGUAUAAGAUGUCGGAGUCAGAUUGUGGUUCUGCACGCGUGCAAGUGGCGCAGCUCACUACUAAAAUCAAGCAUCUGUCCUCUGCUCUGCACAAGAAGGACAAGCAUUCGCGGAAGGGACUUAUAGCAAUGGUGCAGAAACGGAAGAAGCUGUUGAAAUAUCUUAGACGAACUGACUGGGAUUCUUACUGCCUUGUUCUGUCAAAACUCAGGCUUCGUGACAACCCAGAUCACAAGUUAUAAGCUUUAUAUGCGCUAGAGACUCCAUGGCUCUAUUACCACACUCUUUUGGUUCGGGCAACGCGCUGUUGUGAGUGAGACUUAGCUGUUCAAACCCUGUUAGGCAUUAUACUCUCUAGGGAAGAAAGUUGCUCUACGCUAUUUUGUUCUUACUCCACAUUGUUUCGCUUUGAGCUCUUCAAUCAAAUCAUGCAUUUGCUGCUACGAAAUGAAGUAGUGGAUCUCUUUUUAUUAAUGUUUAAUAAUAUUCCCUUUCACAUUUGAGUUGUGAUAAUAAAGUCAUUUACGAAUAA